GGAACUUUUAACGCUCCGACAGCCGGCAGAGGAGACCGUCCCCAGCCGUCUUGCCUGAAGAGACGCGGCUUCUUGGCGAGGGGAGUCGUGGAGCCCGGCCCCGGCAGUGGGGCUACUUUUCCCGCCCUCUCGGUCCAUGGUGCGCUUGUCUCGGCCCGGCGCGCAGGGGCUUUGAUUUCCCUCAGACGCUGACAGGUCAAAGGACUCAAACGAUACAAUGGACUGGGGAUCACUUCAGGCCAUUUUAGGAGGUGUAAACAGACAUUCCACCAGUAUUGGAAAGAUCUGGCUGACUAUCCUAUUCAUCUUCCGUAUUAUGAUCCUUGUUGUUGCUGCAGAGGAAGUCUGGGGUGAUGAGCAAGAUGAUUUUGUUUGCAACACUCUGCAGCCAGGGUGUAGAAAUGUCUGCUAUGAUCACUUUUUCCCCAUUUCUCACAUCAGACUCUGGGCCCUUCAGCUCAUUUUUGUCUCUACUCCUGCUCUCUUGGUGGCAAUGCACGUGGCAUACAGAAGACAUGAAAGGAAAAAGAAGUUCAUAAAGGGAGAGGGAAACCGUGAAUAUAAGGACUUAGAAGAAAUAAAAAGACAAAGAUUUCAUAUUGAGGGCCCUCUCUGGUGGACAUACACCAUAAGCAUCUUCUUCAGGCUGAGCUUUGAAGCUGGCUUCAUGUAUGCGUUUUACUACAUGUAUCAUGGGUACCACAUGCCUCGCCUACUCAAAUGCAGUGCUUGGCCUUGUCCCAAUGUAGUGGACUGUUUUGUUUCCCGACCCACUGAAAAGACUGUCUUCACCAUUUUCAUGAUCGUAGUGUCUGCCAUUUGCAUUCUAUUAAAUGUAACUGAAUUUGGUUAUUUGGUGACCAAGUCUUGUAUUAGAAGGUCUAGAAGAGCCACCAGGCAUCGCCCCAAUCACGAGAACAAAGAAGAAAGUAAACAAAAUGAAAUGAACGAGCUCAUAUCUGACAGCUGCCAGAAUACAGUAACAGGAUUUCCGAGCAGCUAAGAUGACUACAAGUCUACCACACAUACAAUAUGGAAGAAGUGACAAUCCAUAUUCAUAGGCUGCCCAUGAAAGUGAUUAAACUCAACUAUGCAAUAAUUUAAAUGGAGUAAGCACGAGCGUUACAUCAUGUUUGAAUUAUACAUGUAUUAUAUUUUUAAAAGGUCAAGGCCAGCAUAAGAAUAUAAUGACUAUUAAAGAUUAAAGAAAUACAUAAUCUUAUGCAUAUCCUUAUAAAAUCAACUCUGAUUUGUUAGAAGUUGGUAUUUGUUAGUGCCUUCAUGCUGAAAUAGAUCCUAAAUCUAAAGGGAAUGAAUUGGCUGUGUUCUGGAAUAGAUACUAUUAGUAUUACAAGACAGUUUACCACAGUGGUAGCAGUUUUUACCUGUGAACUUGCAUAUAA